CGUACAUAACACAUUCGACAUAUUCGUGACAUCUGUGAUGGGGUUCCGGAACCCGAGGCUUGGACGCAAGGGACUGUGGCUAUUUUGUGGCGCAGUUUUCGGUCCAUCGUGGUGCCGCUUCCGAGAACCAACACACUCUGAUUGGCCAAAAAAUUACACCGAGCUCCCAUUCACGUUUGCUGGAAAAAGGCUUCACCACAACCUCAAAGACUACGCCAGUGGUGCUUGUGUAUGUUGAGCCUUCGGGGAAUGCGACUACAAACAUGACGAACCCAACUACUUUCACAUCUUCUGUGCGCUGCGUGGUGCACACCGCCCGAUCCCAGCGGACGCUCCUCGCUUCGCGACCGUCCAUCUUUCCGCUUCCCACCACCCAGUCCGCCGCAUCCUUUUCGACAUCGUCGCCGCACCAGAAACGAAAGACGCGCGAUAACAACCGGCUCCGCGGCGUCAGUCCCCUACGACGAACUGGGCCUCGCGAGCCAUUGUCGGUGUCGUACGACCCAUUGCCCAAGCCUGCCGACUACAAGCCAAAGAUCACCGUGGACAAGGACCAUGGACUAUGGGGGUUCUUCCCGGAGCAGGGGAAGCUGAUGAACACGCCUGAGGAGGAUGGGGAGUACGGGCGGGCAUGGACGGCAAAUGAGCUGCGGCAGAAGAGCUGGGAGGACCUACAUGCGCUGUGGUGGGCUUGUUGUCGGGAGCGGAACCGUCUCGCCACUGCCAACGCCGAAAGGUCUCGAGCGAAGAUGGGAUUUGGCGAAUAUGAGACCAACGCAAGGGACGACGUGGUGAAACGGACGAUGAAGGCGAUCAAGCAUGUCUUGACGGAGCGGUACUACCUGUGGGAGGAUGCGUACGAGCUUGCGAAGCAGGACCCGGAGAUCAACCUCUCGGGCAAGGGCGAGGCCUACACCCCUCUGUACGAGCAGCAGGAGGAGGACUUUCUCGUGAAGGAGGACGGCGAUGUGACUGCCGCUAAGGAGGCGUCUACCUCGCAGAAGGCUGCUGCGGACAAUCUUGUCGACCCGUCGACAAUACCAGCUAGCAAGCCAUCGGAGCAGGCACAGAAGCUGUAAGAGGUCCUAGGGGACCCGGGCGUGUACUUUGUACGGUGUAACAUGUCUGUACUAUAUAUGAAGCGGAAGGGCAGCGCCUCUUCCUAGCUGCCACUGGAUAGAGGGAUCCUUAAUUCGGGAAUAUACUCCUUUUUAUCGUCCAGGAAGCUCACAGGCUAGUGGCAAAGGGACG